CGCGGCGGCGGCGCCGGGCGCGGGGCGGCGGGAUUGGCGGGGGCGCGCGCGGCGGCGCCGCGGCGCGGGCGGGCGGCGCGCAGCAGCAUGGCGGGCGCGCGGCUGCGGCGGGCGCUCGCGGCGCUCGCGGCGCUGCUGGCGGCGCCAGGGCUCCUGGCGCUGGAGUACCCCCCGACCGCUGACAACUACACCGUGUGCCAGGGUGACAACGCCACGCUGAGCUGCGCCAUCGACGCCGAGGUGACGCGGGUGGCCUGGCUCAACGGCUCGCACAUCCUCUACGCGGGGGGGGACAAGUGGUCGCUGGACCCCCGCGUGCGGCUCCUGGCCCACAGCGACGCCGAGUUCGCCGUGGCCAUCGCCGCCGUGGGCCCCCACGACGAGGGCCUCUACACCUGCUCCUUCCAGACCCCCGCCCGGCCCCACACCGCCCACGUCUUCCUCAUCGUCCACGUGCCGGCGCGCAUCACCAACAUCUCGGCGGCGGUGACGGUGGACGAGGGCAGCGACGUGACACUGCUCUGCCUGGCGGCCGGGCGGCCCCCCCCCGCUGUCACCUGGCGCCAGCCCUGGGCGGGGCCCCCCCGCGAGGGCGAGGUGCUGGAGGUGGCCGCCAUCCGCCGGGGCCAGGCCGGCCGCUACCAGUGCCAGGCGGCCAACGGGGUGGCCCAGCCCGACACCCGCUGGGUCCCCGUCACCGUCAACUACCCCCCCAGCAUCACGGAGGCGCAGGGGGCCCGGCCGGCCCCGGGGCAGCGGGGGCUGCUGCGCUGCGGCGCCCUGGCCGAGCCCCCCCCGGCCUUCGAGUGGUUCAAGGACGAGCGGCCGCUGCUGGGGGGCCGCGAGGGGCUGCAGAUCCGCACGGAGCGAACGCGGUCGCUGCUGCUGGUCGCCAACGUCACCCGCCGCCACUACGGCAACUACACGUGCCGGGCGUCCAACGGGCUGGGCAGCGCCGCCGCCGCCCUCCGCCUGCUCCAUCCCGGCUCCUUGGACAGCGCGGCCCCCCUGGGCCCAGCCCCGACCUUCGGCCUCGCCGCCGCCUUCAUCAUCGUCACCUUGACGACGACGCCGUGACGGGGCCGGGCCCCCCCCCGGACACCUGGGCCCCUCCAGGACGCCUGGGCCCCUUCCAGGACACCGGGGCCCCCCCCGGACGCCUGGGCCCCUCCCGGACGCCUGGGCCCCUUCCAGGACACCGGGGCCCCCCCAGAUGCCUGAGAGCGCCCGGACACCUGGGCCCUUCCCGGACGCCUGGGCCCUUCCUGGAUACCUGGAACUGCCCCAGACACCUGGGCCCCUCCCGGACGCCUGGGCCCCUCCCGGACGCCUGGGCCCCCCCGACCCCCACACUGUGAGCGACCGGAGCCCCGGCGGGACCCCGACGUUGGCGUGACGUUGGCGUGUGCGAGCCAGCCGCAUCGCCCCCCCCCCGCAUCCGUGAACUGUGCCCCCCCCACACGCCCCGGGAGGCUCCGCCCCCCACACGCGUGUGCUUAGCAUGUGCCGUCCGUGUCUGCCCCCCGUCCCGCGUCUGCGUGUUCCCCCCCCCCCGGGGCCGUGACACGCCAAGCGCACGCGUGUCCCCCCCGGGGUCCCUGCCCCCCCCGCGACACGGGUCGUCACGCGUGUGCGGGGGGGGCCCUGCACGCCGCCGUCUUCCAGGGCCAUUUCGGGCCCGUUUCUAGCGGUUUUGGGUCUUUUCCAAAAUCCAUGAGGGCCCCGGGGGCCCCUCCCCCCCCCCAGGCCCCGUUUUCCAAUAAAAUCAUGGAAAAGCAGGAAACGAGCGU